AGAGCACACGCAAUACGUGAAAGCUGCACAUGAAACGCUGGGGCUUUUGCCCAUUUCCCGCCUCCAAAACCGGCUUUUUAAAUUGUGUCCGAGCUCUUGAAGUGUGAGGCUAUGCAUGAGAAGAUGUGAAGAAAACGCUUAGGAGUCUUAUAUGCCCAUGUGACCCUCUUUGAUGCACUUCUCAUGGGCCUUCUCAAACAACAUUUAUAUAUAUGCAUGUACGUGACCAUUGGCACAUGAUCCGUUGCACUUCGAAUUCGACGCCUUUUUUUUGUUUUUUAAUUUUCUCUGGUUUGGGUCCUUGCCUUUUGAGCUCUCUCUACUGAUCUUUCCUUCUCAUCUCCAUUCCUUUUCUCACUGUAAGCUCCUGCGACAUGUUGCAAAUCAUGGAUUUUCCUACUCUGGUAUUGGUUAAUGCGUGAGACUCCAUUAAUUUUCUGCUAAAUAGCUUCUCUGCUAUCUGGGUUCGAUUUGUAUUGAACUCUCUCCUCCUAUUCAGUCCCUUCAACUGUAAAUUGGGAUUGUUGGUAAGUGUUCCUUUUUUCUUUUUCUUUUUCUUUUUUGUUAUUUUUUUUUACUUGUUCAGUUUCAGUUUCCUGAGGUGCUUUUGAUUAAAAUGUUGCAGAAUUCAUUGUUCUUCAUUGAUUGUCAAGCUUAGAAGCUUGUUCAUUCAUCUGGGUGGCUGGGUCACUUUGCUCUUGAGCAUUUUCAUGUGUUCAGUCUUUUUCACUGUAAAUUCUAGCCACUUCCUAUUCUGGUUCGUCUCGGUUCUCUAUUGAGCUUUGAAGCCAACAGCUUGUUUUCUUAUUUGGGUCAGUUCCAUUUUGAUCUCUCUCCUCAGACUUGUUCAACGUUAAAUUGCCAUUUUUGGUGUGUUUUAAUGGGCAUGCUUCUUUUGAUCUUGUUCUUCCUGGAUCCAUCAUCACUGGGUUUGCAUCUUUCAUAGUUUUUAUAUGUUGUGUUGGAAAUCGUCGUAGUUGUAGAUUUCUGUGUUACAUGUGAGAGUUCCAUUGCUUCAUAGAAGUUUGGUUUGAGGAGGAAAGUCAGAUUCCAUUUUGGUGAGUUCUUAAUUAGAUAUACAUUCUCUAGAUUUCAUUUUUCCAUUUCCUCUUUCAGUUUUGGUCUUUGUCAUCACUGCCGACUCCACAAUUUGAUUUGUUAUUGAUUUCUUUUUAUUAAGCUUUUGAUCGGAACAGUUUGUUCUGCCAUUUAUAUUUUAAAUUUGGGUAGUCAGUCUAGUGAAAUUUACCAUUUUUGGUACCCCAAAAGCUAUUCUUUAUGGAAAUUUUGUUUGUUUCAGUUCAGAUUUGAAUUCUGAACUUGUUGUACUGAUUUUGGGGAUUUGGGAAUUUAAGUUUGAAUGUGUUUUUUCUUAUGAAUUUGUUUCAGCUGAAAUUUGAAUUGUUGUGCAGAUCUGUUCCCUUUGUGUUUGAAUUCUUCGAGCGGGUUGGUUCAGUUCAGAACUCUUAAGCAUGAGAAGUGGGGAAUAUUUAGAAGGGAUGAUCAGCGAUUAUGUAAGCGCGAAAGCAAAGCCGAAAGCUCACAAGAGCUCUUCCGCUCGCCUCGUUACCUUCCUCACAUGUCUUCAAUUUGCCUUUGCAAUAUACGCCACCUUUCUUCUCUACUGCAUGGGCCCAGCCGUUGAUUUACGCACCAAACCAGACCUAGCAUGGGCCACCCGGAUCGCCAAGCACUGGAAACAGUUCAUUAUUCAGCCCCAUGUGCUCGGAAAUCACCAAGAGAAUCUUGUUCUCCAAUCAGAAAUUCCAAUCCCAUUAGAGGUAUGCGAGAAUGAGAAGAUCGAUUUCUCACAGAAGAAGUCCAACGAUGCCCAGAUGAUAAAGUUCAAGAGGGAACUCUACGACGAAGUGCUGGAAUUUCAAAAGAAGACGUCCGGGACAGAAACUCUCUCUGGACUGAUGCGGAUGAACUCCAAGUGGGAUUCUCGGAGACCCAAUGUCCCUAAAAUUACUGUGAUCUUGAAUCAUUUCAAGAGGAAGACACUUUGUUCACAGCUUGAUUCGCUACUUCAUCAGACGGUUCCUUUCCACAGCAUUUGGGUGCUUGCGUUUGGGAGCCCAAACGAGCUCUCACUGAAAAGAAUCGUUGAUAGCUACAACAAUUCAAAGAUCAGCUUCGUCAGUUCAAGCUAUGAUUUCAAGUAUUAUGGAAGGUUUCAGAUGGCCCUACAAACAGAAGCUGAUUUUGUAUACAUUCUCGACGAUGAUAUGAUUCCCGGUAAGAAAAUGCUAGAGAUCUUGUCACAUGUAGCUGGAACAGAGAAGUACCAGAAUUCAGUUCUGGGUAGCAUCGGGAGAAUCCUACCUUUUAGACAGAAGGAUUUUUCAUUUCCGAGUUAUAGGAAGUUCCGAUCGAAGGAGGCAGGGCUGUAUUUGCCAGACCCUGCAUAUGAUAUCACUGUCGAUAGGAUCGUGCAGGUGGAUUUUCUGUCGAGCUCGUGGUUUUUAUCUGCUGAUCUUGUUAAAACGCUGUUCGUAGAGACACCCUUCACUUUCAUCACUGGAGAAGAUCUGCAUCUCAGCUAUCAGCUUCAGAAAUACAGAAAUGCAGGCUCAUUUGUGCUUCCCAUCAACCCUAAAGACAAGGAAACUUGGGGAGAUAGUGAGCAUAGGCUUGCUUAUGUCUCAGAGACGACGGUGAUUUUCAAAGAUAUCGUUCAAGUCCGAGACGAUCAAUGGUGGCGGGCCCUCUCCACUGGUUACGUAACUCAGUGGGCCACAAUGUAUCCUCAGAAGAUAGACGUACUUUUCUACGCUCAUUCUCUAGAAGAAGUAAAAGCACUCGCGCCACUUCUAGAGAAGUUCCGGUUGACCGUUGGCAAGAAGGCUUAUAUUGUUGUGUCGGGAGGUGGUCACUGUCCUUGUGAAGCGGCCGCGGCUGUUCUAAACUGGCCAAAGUUGGUCUGCCGAGAAAGGCGAUUCAAGAUCUUUGAUUUGGGGGUGGGCGCUAUCGCGGGAGUAUCGAAUUCAGAGGUGCCUGUCUUGCAAUCUGUGUACUCAAGCAUGAAAGGACUGAUUAAAAUUCACAAUCCGAGCUUGCUUAUCACGGUAGCUGAUAUUGAUUCGAAUGUGAAGAGUGCUUUGAAGAUGGCAGCUGAGAGCAAUCAGAACCGCUCAACGCUGGUUCUUCUGCCACGGUCUGCAGUGCCCAAGGUUCUGUGGAUGGCUGAUCUACGGUCAACCGCUUUGCCUAAUUGGAAUCGGAUGCGGAUCUCCAUAAACAUCAUCACCCAAAACCGCGCUUCGUCUCUCCAAAGGCUUCUCACAUCCCUUACUGAAGCCUACUAUCUGGGAGAUGAGAUCUCUAUCAGCUUCAACAUGGACAGCAAAGUCGAUGAGGAGACCAUCAAGCUGGUGGGCUCAUUCAAGUGGCCCCACGGACCCAAGUCCCUCCGGAGACGGAUCAUCCAAGGUGGACUAAUCCGUGCCGUCAGUGAGAGCUGGUACCCGUCAUCUGACGAUGAUUUUGGCCUCCUCCUCGAAGAUGACAUUGAAGUCUCUCCAUACUACUACUUGUGGAUCAAGUACGCCCUCCUGGCCUACCACUACGACCCACAGAUCUCACUCCCUGAGCUUUCAUCAAUCUCUCUAUACACCCCACGGAUAGUUGAAGUUGUAAAGGAGAGACCCAAAUGGAAUGCAACGGAUUUCUUCAAACAAAUCCAUCCAAACACUCCAUACUUCCAUCAACUGCCAUGCAGCUGGGGAGCUGUUUUCUUCCCCAAGCAAUGGAGAGAAUUCUACGUCUACAUGAACAUGCGGUUUACAGAAGACGCCAAGCAAAACCCAGUUCAGAUUCCCAAGUCAAGAACUAACGGUUGGCAAGCUUCAUGGAAGAAGUUUCUCAUUGACAUGAUGUACUUGAGAGGAUAUGUUAGCCUGUAUCCCAACUUUCCCAAUCAGCGCAGUUUCUCAACCAACCACAUGGAGCCUGGGGCCCACAUCAGUGCCAAGGACAAUGUGGUCAGGCACGACAAGGGCGACUUCGAGGUGCCAUUGCUGAAAGACGAUUUCAGGCAGUUCUUGCCAGCAGGAAAGCUGCCCUCAGCUUCGAAGGUGCCUGUACUUAACCUCUUCAACCAGGCAGUCUCUUUGAAGGGGCUGAAGGCUGCCGGAGCGAAGCUCGGGCAGGACGUGAUCAGGUGCAAUGCAACGGAAAUUGUUGUCGUUGAUCAUGGAACAGGACUGCCUCACCAUUGCGCGGUAUUCUGAUUUGUUUGGAUGGUUGUUUGUUACUUAUUCUUUUGUUUUGACACAUUUGUUAGUGUAAUUUUCUCACGCUGUUGCUGCAAUGUAGCCAAAAAUGGCUAUGUUCAGAAGCUA